AUGGGGAUAUUUCAUAGCAAAGUAGCACCGUCGGAAACUUUAUUAAAUCCGUUAAACUUAUCUGAUCCUCGAUCUCCAACAGUAAAUAUAAACCGUAGUCCGAUUGGGACUGUGAAUGAGAUCACGCCAGACAAAUCCACCAUCACAAAAGUACGCGAUCUUACGACAGAUCUAACAGAAAUUCUCGAUAGUGCUCAAACUCCAACAGCUGAGAAACUGCAAUCCGUAGUGGAUCCUCGAUCGCCUAGCUUUUUCCUCAGGACGCCGCUUAUAUUAAACGAAACAGAUGCUUCGAACAUAAGUCUGCAGGGAUCUUCAAUUGAAUAUGAAGAAAUCAGCUCCCAAAGUGAUAUUUCCUUUAGCGACAAAUCUUUGUCUUUCAAAGAAUGUGAUGAUUCUUUGACAAAAAUCAUUGAAAGUUCCGUGGUAACUGCUACCGAACAAGCCGGUAGCGGUAGCAUCUUUAGCGACACCAGUUUGAACACCGAGCUAGAGGCUCAGAUUGACUGUAUCAUUCAGGGAUUGUAUGAUGCAGGUAAAGAUCCACGUUCCCCUUCUAUACAAAUUCAACGGACACCCAUCGUGUUCGAGGAAGAUGAAAGCAAAAUCGAAGAUAAGCCCACAGACGAAGAGAACGAAAAGAAACAAGGCAAGCAGGCAACAGAAAUGUUAACGAUCAUUCAUCAGAAUGAGAAUCAACUGGUGGCGCCAGUUGUGACAACUCCCAACAAGGAGAAGUUGCUCGAUAAUGCGAACGUGAACGUUGUUACUCAGCAGCAGCAGCAGCGUACUCCUCUUGGUUGCGUAACGAACGUAAAAGCACCAUCAGCCAAUGCGGGCAGCAGUUCCCUGCGGAAGACGGCAUUAUUGGGACAGAUGAAACAAAAUGUUUUUGUUGCAGAAGACAACGCGGAUGCAAUCAACGGUAAAAGGCGAUCGCUGCCACGAUCCAAAAUUCCGACACUCAGAAUGAAAUAA